CGGCUGUCAGAGGAGCGGCGGCGGCGGCGGCGGGAGAGAGAGAGAGAGAGAGAGUCAGGUCAGCGCAGCACCGCCUCCACUGCACCACACAGGGCCGGAGACACCGCACCGCACCGCGGCACAGCGCGGCACAGCGCCUCAGACUGAAUCUCAGCUGCUGACGUCAUGGCUGCCACAAUCGUGCACGACACGUCGGAGGCGGUGGAGCUGUUCCCUCCGCAGGGAUUGUACCUCAAACCCAUCGCCAAACUGACCAUCAGCGUGUCGCUGCCGCAGCUCAAACAACCGGGAAAGUCCAUCUCCAACUGGGAGGUGAUGGAGAGGCUCAAGUGCAUGGUGCAUCCUGAGCAGUUCGCCACGCUGCGGGUCUCCAAGAGCACCAUGGACUUUGUGCGAUUUGAAGGCGAGGUGGAGAACAAGAACAUGGUGAAGACCUUCCUGUCGAAGCUGGACGGGAAGACCAUCAAGCUCAGCGGCUUCACGGACACGCUGAAAGUACGGGCGGCCGAGGUCAAGAUCGAUUUCCCCACCCGCCACGACUGGGAUUCCUUUUUCCGUGACGCCAAGGAUGUGAACGAGACCCUGCCCGGGGAGCGACCCGACACCAUCCACCUGGAGGGGCUGCCCUGCAAGUGGUUCUCCCUGAAGAACUCCAGCUCCGAGAAGCCCAGUGACCUGAUCCUGAGCAAGGUGUUCGGGACCUUCGGGGAGAUCAGGAACGUGGACAUCCCUAUGUUGGACCCGUAUCGGGAGGAGAUGACUGGCAAGAACUUCCACACCUUCAGCUUCGGGGGACACCUGAAUUUCGAAGCCUAUGUGCAGUACCAGGAGUACAUCGGAUUUGUCAAGGCCAUGGAUGCCCUGCGGGGGAUGAAACUCAUGUACAAAGGAGAUGAUGUCAAGGCAGUGGCGUGCAGCAUAAAGGUGACAUUUGACACAACAAAACACCUGACCGACGCCUCGAUCAAGCGACGGCAGCAGGAGCGACAGAAGCUGCAGGAGCUCGAGCUGCGGAGGGAGGAGCAGAAGCGACGGGAGAAAGAGGAUGAAGAGCGAAGAAAAGAGGACGAAAGGAAGCAGAAGGAGCUUGAGGAGCAGGAGCGAGAGAAGAAGCGCGAGGAGAAGGUGAGAAAGCGAGAGCAGAAGCAGAAGGAGCGGGAGGACCGGCGCAACACGCGCAAACUGCAGCGGGAGGAGCAGAAACGGCUGCAGGAGAAAAUCGCCCUGGAAGAACGCAAGCUGAUCCUGGUCCAGAGAAACCUGGAAUCCAUCCGGCUCAUCUCCGAGCUGCUCAGCCGGGCUAAGGUUGAGCGACAGCAGGAGCAGGAGGCGAGGGAGGCGGAGGCUGCGCGGCGCCACCAGGUGGAGGAGAAGCGUCGUCAGCAGGAGGCAGAAUUGCUGCGGGUGGAAGAGGAGAAGCACCGGGUGGUGGAGCUGCAGCUGAAGGAGAAAGAGCUGAGAGAGAAGCUCCUGGAGAACCUGCGGAGGAAGGAGGCCAGCGAGGGUCAGAGAGAGGAGCCUGGGGCCCAGCCCACCGAGCAGGGGACGGUGGGGACCCCGGGGGUGGAGGCCGUGUGGCCCAGCACCCGCAGGAGGAUGGGGUCACCAGUUAGGGACUCGGAUGCCCGCAGGGAGCGUCUCAGGGAGACUGGGGGAGAGCGGGAGCCGAAGCUGGGCACAGCAGGCGAAGGCACUGCCAAGCCCGCCCAGAACGGGCAGCGCGCCAGCCCACAGCGCUCCUCCCAGGAGGCCGGCGGCCACGGCAGUGACACUUCGCAUCCGUGUCAUGCCCUUCACGUCGGGAGGACCUCUCAAGGCGCUGAGAGCAGCAGCAAUGCUCACCAGAACGGCGCCAGCCACACGCAGGGCAAACUGCAGCACACUCUGGUCAACGAUCAAGAGAAGAGGGAGGACAGUAAGAGCAGCGACACCAGCAGCAGCAGCAGCAGCAGCAGCAGCAGCAGUGAGAGAAGCCGGCACUGGAGGGGCUCGAGCAGCGAGGGCAGCUGUCACCAGAGAGAGUGGAGCCGGCGGAAGGGCGACUCCAGGAAGGACCUCGGCCGCCAGGCCAGGAGCCGGGAGAGGAGCCGGAGCCGGGGCCGGGGAGACUGGAGCCGCGACAGGAACCGCAGAAACCGGAGGAGCCGAGGCUGGAGAAGCUCAAGCUGGGAGCGGAAAGGGGUCCGGAGGGGCUCGAGCCGGGGACGGAGAGACCGGAGCCGGGAAAGGGGAGGAGGAGGCGGCCGGCGGCGCAGCUGUCACCGCACCGACACGGGCAGGGAGCGCACCCGGCACAGGGGCUCCAGCGGCCCUCACAGAGACUCCAGCAGAGGAGACAGUGGCCGCAGGAGGAACUGUAGCCGGGAUCACAGCCGCCAUCGCAGGUAGCCUGGCCAGCAACCCGCCGUCGUCACCAGAGACACCAGGGAGCAGCGAGAUCAGCACCCGAGCGAGAGGUUCAUUUCUCUUCCCUCCCCCUCCCUACUCCUCCCCCCUCCCUCUCGCCUCCUCUACUCAUGUAAUAUGUGAAGGCAGUGGUGGGAGAAAGGUAGUGUAGUGCGGAAUGUCCCGAUGCAUUAAAUCCAUCGAGUUCUUACAGGAAA